AUGUGGAAUACCCUUUCAGCAGCUUUAUGUUCUAAUCGCGAUAUUGUAUUAAAUGUCGUGUCAAGUGGUAUAGCAAGUCUACUUCUACCUGGUGGAAGAACAAUGCAUUCAAGAUUCAAAAUUCUGGUUCCAUGCAUUGAAACAUCAAUUUGUGACAUUGACAAAAAGGAUGACCUUGUCGGUUUGUUAAAAAUUACUAAGUUGAUUAUUUGGGAUGAAACUCCUAUGACAAACAAGUGGUAUUUCGAAUCUCUUGACAAGUCAUUGAAAGAUAUCAUGGGUACUAAAGAUAAUCCUUGUGAACAAAUAUUUGGAGGAAAGAUUGUGGUGUUUGGUGGUGACUUUAGAUAA